AAAAUAGUUCAAUGAAUGCGAAUUUGGGGCAAUACCCGCCAAUUCGACAAGUUCCUACACUGAAUCUAGCUCCAACACCACAUCUAAUUCCAUCUCCACGUUAUCCCUCGUCACCAAAAUCGCCCCAUUAUCCACCAUCACCUCAAAAUACAUCUUUUCCGCCUCCCUAUCCAACAUCUCCUCAGAAUGAAACUUCUCCACCUCCUUAUCCACCAUCACCUCAAAAUACAACUCCGCAAUAUUCACCUCGUCAUCCGCCACCACCUCAAUACGUGACUCCGCAACAUUCACCUCAUUAUCCACCAUCCCCUCAAAAUACAACAUUUCCGCAACAUUCACCUUGUUAUCCACCAUCUCAAAAUAUUACCUCUCCGCAACAACUGCCUCAAUAUCCCCCAUCUCAAAGUAAAUCUUCACAAUAUUCACCUUCAAGUCAUUAUCCGAAUCCACCUCACCAAUACCGCGAACCUCAACAUUCUCCUACUCCCAGCAAAGAACUUUUUGAUCAACAAGGACAUUAUCCUCGACAUGAUAAUAAUCCCGAUGCAUUGCAUGCACCACACCAUAAUCAUAAUUUAACACAUAAAUACAAUAAUUCAUCGUCUUCGUUAAAAUCAACGUCUUCUUCCAUAAAUGUAAAUGCAAAUUCUGGUUUCACCCAACCUUAUCCACCUCAUUCACACGCGGCUUCCGUGCCAAGAUCUCCACAUCUACCCACUGCACCACAUUCUCCGCAUUCCCCUUCUACACCGCAUUCUUUGCAUUCACCCGCUGCGCCGCGUUCUCCACAUUCGAAACAUUCGCCACCACCAAAAAACUAUUCUUCACCAAAUGAACCAAGACCUCCGGCAUCAUACAAUCCUCCAGUAAUGGCUGCUGCUACUUAUGUGAGAGGAUCAAAACCUAAUAAAAAACAACAUAGCAAAGGACAUGAUGAAUGUGAUCUCGGUGAUUGUUGUUCU